AUUAACAAGAGGGAGUCGCCUCCUCCUCCAACAACCACCAUUCUGCAGCCUCUCCCUUCCUUCCCAAAACCCCAACCACUACAAUUUCUUCUUCUUCUUCCAUUACAUUCUAACUUUCCCAUCCACCGAUUCUUCUUUCCUUCAAGAGAAGCCAUCCAAAAAUUAAAGAAAUUCCAAAUGAAACCCUAAACACAUGGGCGCUGCUCAGGGGAAAAGAGAAAAAUUCAUGAAGAUCCGCCACCUGUGGAGCCCAAGUUUCACCACUUCCGACUAUGAAUCCACCCACUGUGCUUGAUCAGCGACGCUAGGAGAUCCUCCGCCGGAAUCGAGACGGCGGCGCCGCCACUGCGGGACUUUCUGAAACUCGGAGCUCCGCUGCUCGGAGCGAGGUCGACCAUCUCCACAGCCUGAACCUCACAUUCCUGCCAGUUGAGAGCCUCGAGAUCUUGCUUGACUUGGUCGUUCGACGAGGUACGGCGACAAGGGCGAUCAAAACCACCUCUCCGGACAUACAUAGGUGGGUUCUCACUUCCGGCAGCAAUGGUGGAAGGAGUGACGAGGAAAAGAAAGAGAGGGCUUGCGGCUGCUGCGUACAUGGUCCUCGGAGCAAGAAUUCGAAGGCGAAAGAUGAGGCGGAGGGGAAGGAGGAGGCAGUGGAGGAGUGGAAUCGGAAGAUGUGGCGGCGGCUCU